AAGGUAGAAAAAGAAGAAUCUUUUUGCCAAAUUUCAUUCUCAUAGAAAACGAGCGAGUCUUGGGUGUGGCGAUGAUUUCAGCGACUGGAUGGUUGAGACCCACAAUCGGAACAAGAUCACCAUCUCCAAAUCCCAAAUCUUUUAAGCUUCGUGCGUCUUUCAUCGAAUACCCUCUAGCUAGCAAAAUCAUGGUCAGAAAUUUAUCAUACUCUACCAGUGAAACCUGUUUAAAGGAACAAUUUUCGAAUUUUGGGCAGAUAGCUGAAGUUAAGCUUGUUAAGGAUGAAACCACAAAGAAAUCAAAAGGGUAUGCAUUCAUUCAAUAUACGAAUCAAGACGAUGCCAUGAACGCCCUAGAAACCAUGGAUGAGAAGUAUGUUGAUGGCAGAGUAUUAUUCGUGGAACUUGCAAAACCUGUAAAAGACAGACACAGUGCGUACCCGAAAACCUCUGGACCACCCCAGCCCCAGCCCCAAAGACCAGUCUCCGCAGAAUAGGAGACGGAAGAUUAACGACCACAUGAAAUUAUAUAUACAACUGUUUCUUUUUGUUCAUGAGCCUCAGUUCUUGCUUCAGUAGAUAAUUUCAAUUGUUACAAAGUGACAUUUAUAAGCAGAAAUUCUGUAAAAUGCGAAGGAUUCCAUUAAGACCU